AUGGAGAAGAUACCACGUGUGAAUAUGAGGGAACAUGGCACACAGGGAUAUGGUGUAUACCCAUAUCCCCCAACACCUUCAUAUGACCCAGGAUCACAACUGGGACACUCUCAAGCCAGUCAUCAGCAGGAUUACCCACCAGGCUACUUUUCUCAGGAACACCCUGCUCCAAGAUAUCCACCUCAGGAUUACUCACUGCCAGGGUGCCACCUUGCAAAUGAACCAUGUGAAGGCUUCCCACAGGCUCCUCCACAAUCCUUAGUUGAUGCACCUCCAGAAUAUCAAAAUGAAUUUGCCAAUGAAACAGCAAAGAACUUUUCAGAGAAAGUCAUAAGGAGAGCUUUCAUAAGGAAAGUGUAUCUCACUUUAAUGGUUCAAUUGUUAAUCACCAUAGGAAUAAUCUGCAUGUUUCUUUAUUGGCCAACCCUGAAUGUAUGGGUAACCCAAACUUAUUGGUUUACAUACGCUUUGUUUCCUGCCAUCUUAAUUUUAAUCAUUACCUUGUCUUGCUGCGAUGGUGUUCGACGUAAAGCUCCAUGGAACUUCAUGCUUCUUAUAUUAUUUACAACUUUGGAAGGCUUGCUGUUGGGAGCUGUUUCAGUUUUUUAUGGUGCUGAUGCAGUAAUGUGGGCCGUUGGUGCAACUACAUUUGUGUCACUAGGACUAACACUAUUUUCUCUGCAAACCAAGUGGGACUUUACAACAUUAAGUGGAAUUUUAUUCGUGGUGCUAUUGGUUUUAAUAGCAUUUGGAAUUCUAUGUGCCAUAAUACAAUCAUUUUGGCUCCAUAUCGUUUAUGCCUCCUUAGGAACAUUGGUCUUCUCUAUUUACCUGGUGGUUGACACUCAAUUAAUGCUGGGAGGAAAGCACAGAUACAGUCUGAGCCCUGAGGAGUAUAUAUUUGCAGCUCUGAAUCUCUACCUUGACAUCAUAAAUCUCUUCCUUUUCAUACUUCAAAUUAUUGGUCUGAGUCGUUAG